UUUUAAAAGGCAAGCUAUAGUCACUUGAAAUAGAACUUGCCCAGCCCUCAUAGACUCACUCUCUUUCUGAUGCACGUUGAAAAUGGAUCAAAAAUUCAAAGAUGAGAUCAGGAUUGUCCUAGUCGGGAAAGCAGCAGUUGGGAAAAGUUCAUCUGGAAACACCAUUCUUGGAAAGGAGGUUUUUCACAAAGAAUCAGGCUCUAGGUCAGUGACUCGGCACUGUCAGAAGGCUUCAGAAAAUAUUGGUGAUAAAGAAAUCACAGUGGUGGACACUCCUGGAUGGUGUGAUACAGACCUAUCUGAAAAAGAGUUGACAGAAGAAACAGCUCAAUGCAUUGACAUGUCUCAACCUGGACCUCAUGUCUUUCUGCUUGUUCUGACAAUUGGUCGUUUCACAAAAGAAGAAAAAGAAACAGUCCAGAAAUUACAGGAGAUCUUUGGUCAAGAUGCCAUCAAAUACACAAUGAUCCUGUUCACAAGAGGAGACAAUCUGGAGGACAAAAGUAUUGAUGAGUAUGUAAGAGAUGCUGCAGAAGAUCUUAAAGCCAUAGUUGACAUGUGUGAAGGCAGAUAUCAUGUUUUUAACAAUAAAGAUAAAAGCUGUGACCAAGUGUCAACAUUCCUUCAGAAGAUCCAAGAUAUGGUGAGAAACAACAAUGGUCAGUACUUUUCCAACACAACAUCUAAAAUGCUGGAGAAUCAUAUAAAAAGAAAGGCAGAUUUACAACAGCAAAUGCAAGCUGCUGAGAAACAGAAAGAAAAUAAAAUGGCUGAGCCUCAACUACACAAGAAGGUGUUUGAUCAAGACAUACCACACCAAGAACUGGAGGCUGAAAAUCAUGAGAUGAGUUGUGCACCAAUUGAGCUGAAGGAACAAACACCAAAGCAUUGUUUGAAGAAAGAGAAGCUGAUGAGUGAAAGUGAAGAGCAAAAUAAUAGAAUGGAGAUCCAUAAGUUUCAACUGGAGAACCAGAAGUUGCAACUGGAGAACCAGAAAUUGUUGGAGCACCAGAAGUGGCAACUGGAGAACCAGAAGUUGCAACUGGAGAACCAGAAGUUGCAACUGGAGAACAAGAAGUUGUUGGAGAACCAGAAGUUGCAACUGGAUUUCCAGAAGUUGCAACUGGAGAACCAGAAGUUGUUCGAGAACCAGAAGUUGCAACUGGAGAUCCAGACCAAGCAACAACAACAGCAACAACAACAACGUAGUUCUUGCAUUAUUUUAUAAAAAGCUCUCUAUCUAGACAAUAUUUCCAAGCUUUCAAAAUUACAUUUAAAUAUGAAUUAAACAUACGGUAAUGUUAUAUAUCUACACAUAUAAUAGUAGGUACCCCCACCAAGCAAAAUGUGACUUCUAUCAUCUAUACAUUUCUAAGGAAGCGUGAUCUUUAUUGUGAUGAAUUUAUAUGAGAAUAUUAAGUUAAAGGC